CUUAGCUAUGUUUUUUUUAUAUAGCUUUGGCUUUGUGCAUGUUUUCUAUGGCGUGGUUACCAACUCUUAUAUUCAGCAGGCUCCUGAUCUCUUUAGUUGUUGAAGUUAAAAGAAAUAUUUGUCUCCAAAUAUGGAUCCGUGCCUUCAUUUUAUGCCCGAGCUCCAGGACGUGUCAACUUAAUAGGUGAGCAUAUUGAUUACUGUGGCUAUGCUGUUCUUCCCAUGGCUAUUGAGCAAGACAUAUUAGCAGCUGUGCAGAUCAGCAAUGAUCAAGUUGUUGAGCUGUCCAAUACAAACCUGUCCUACGUGGACUUCUCUGUAAAUGUAAAUGACAUCAAGAUUGAUAAAACUAAGCCUUUAUGGCACAACUACUUUCUGUGCGGACUGAAAGGAAUUCAGGACCAUUUCUGUCUGAGCAGCCCUACUGGAAUGAAAUGUUUGGUAGAUGGAACUAUUCCUGCAAGUUCGGGUCUUUCUAGUUCUAGUGCCUUGGUCUGCUGUGCUGGGCUUGUUACUCUUAUUGCUAAUAAGAAGUCUAUGUCAAAGGUGGAGCUUGCUGAGACAUGUGCAAAAUGUGAGCGUUAUAUUGGCACAGAGGGUGGCGGCAUGGACCAAUCCAUCUCAUUCCUUGCAGAAGAAGGAACUGCUAAGCUGAUUGAAUUUAGCCCACUGAGAUCAACUGAUGUGAAGCUUCCAGCUGGGGCAGUUUUUGUCAUUGCUAACAGUUGUGUUGAAAUGAAUAAAGCAGCAACGUCACAUUUUAAUAUAAGGGUCAUGGAGUGUCGGCUAGCUACUAAGGUUAUUGCAAAAGCAAAAGGGCUAGACUGGAAAAACCUGAUGAAAUUAGGAGAUCUGCAAGCCAAACUUGGGGUCAGCUUUGAGGAUAUUAUGGCUGUAGUGGAGGAAAUUCUUCACCCAGAGCCGUACACAAGAGAGGAAAUUUGUGAAUGUUUGGGUAUGAGCUUAGAAGAACUCUGUGAGAAAAUACUCAGCCAAAACACACAGGAUGUUGCCACCUUCAGAUUGUAUCAGCGAGCGAAACACGUGUACAGUGAGGCUGCCCGAGUCCUUGCCUUUAAGAAGGUUUGUGAUGAGGCACCUGCCAACGCCGUCCAUCUGCUGGGGGACCUCAUGAACCAGAGCCACGUGAGCUGCCGAGACAUGUACGAAUGCAGCUGCCCUGAACUGGAUCAGCUGGUGGACAUCUGCCUGAAAUCAGGGGCUGUGGGUUCCCGCCUGACGGGGGCUGGAUGGGGAGGCUGCACCGUCUCUAUGGUUCCAGUGGACAAACUCAGUGACUUCCUUUCCAACGUGCAAGAUUCUUACUACAAAUUGGAAGACCGAAGGUUUGCGCUGCUGGAAAAGAGUCUCUUUGCCACAAAUCCUGGACGCGGAGCAGUGGUUCUUAUGGAAGCAGAGUAAACUUUGUUCCAAUCAAAAGUAUAACUUUGCUCCAUUCAAAAGUUUUCACUGCUUUGUAGCAUUUUAAGCAUAUUUUUCAAAUGAAUAAAAACACAUAUUAUUUCCUGGGA